ACUACAACCUCUUUUGGAAUCGGAGAGUAUUUUUUUGCAAAUGGCGGACGACAAGGGUUUGAGAUGAGGAAACAUGUCUGGGUCCAUAGAAAAAGUUAGGAUCGCGGUACUUGGAGACUCUGGAGUUGGAAAAACAUCUUUAGUUCAUGCAUUAGCUCAUGGAGAGGUUUUACCAAGUGCUCCUUGGACAAUUGGGUGUUCUGUCGAAGUUUUGCUGUAUGAAUAUCAACAAGGAAGCAGUUCAGAAGAAAAAUCAAUAUAUAUAGAAUUAUGGGAUGUUGGGGGAUCAACGAGUCAUAAAAACAGCAGAAGCAUUUUUUAUAACAAUGUAAAUGGUGUCAUCUUGGUACAUGAUCUUAGUAACAAGAAGUCUAUUCAGAAUUUAAGAAAAUGGUUUGCUGAGCUGUUAAAUUGUGGCAAACAGGAUUUCACUGGUGUCAUUGUGAGAGGUUCUUCUCCUGAAUACAAUGGGAGUAUAGACUUUGAUCUAGACCAAUUUUCUGGAAACCAGCUUCCAGUGCUUAUUGUUGGCACAAAGCUUGACCAAGCUCCUGAAACUAGAGCAUCUUCCUCAUACUGUAGCUUAGCUGGUGAGCUGAGAGCAACACAAGUAAAUCUAGAUUGUCUGCAGAAGAAGUCAUUCUCAAUUGGAUCACAAAACUGGGACAAAUUUAGUUCUUUCUUUGACAAGGUUAUAGAAAGAAAAUCUGGAACCCGACAUAAUUUGGGAUUUACACAGACUUCAUUUGAUUCAGAUUCUCCAAGGAGCUUACAAACAGACAAGAGACGCAAAGGAUUUUCUGGAUUCACAUAAUGGGCCUACAACUUAAAAUUGACAGGCCUGUCUUAAAAGGACAAAAUAUCUUCUUCUAGUGGGGUACUGCUGCUAAAGGUAUAAUAUUUGAAACAACAGAAGAAUUCUGCUACUUGUUUAACAAAAUUUCAAGAAGAUUCCCAUGGAUACAAAUAUGCGAUUUAGAAGACAUUUUUGUAAUGCAACAAUAUAUUGUUGGCAAAUGAUUUACUAUGCUUUAAUUUUGAAACCAUUUUUAAAACUGAAAAACUAUCUGCUGUUAAUAAAAGAUUCAGAAUUCUAGAACUCAAACCUAUGAAAUUAAGAAAGAAUUUUACUAAUGUUAAACAAAGAUGUAGAAUUCUAAAAUUUUGAGAGAUACAAUUUAUCAAAAAAAAAUGCAAUCAAAUAUUUUUUUUUCUAUUCAUUUGCAGAUGAAUUAACAUUAAUUGUAAUUCAAAAGUAAAAACUAUUCCAUAAAUGCCUAUUAAAUGGAAUAUUUUUUAUUGAUAAACUCUCUAAACAACUAUACCGAUCCAGUACCAAAACCAGAAAGACCGAUCCAGGAAUUUGCAACAAAGUUGCUAUCUGACACUAUUUGAUACUAAAAUUGCUAAGAAUUGAACUUUUUAAUUCUCUUGGUCCUGGUACAAA